AAAAAAAAAAAAAUCAUUAAUUUAGAUUUUGUAAAGUAUCAAAGAUUAUUUCUUAAAGAUAUUAAAGGAGUUUACAAAAUGUUCAAAGCACCAAGCAAAAUCAUUUUUAACCAAGAUAAAAAAAAGGAGUGGGAAAUUCAUUAGCAAAAGCUUCAGAAUGUUAAAUGUAGCGUAGAUCAUUAGAAUAAUACAAGUAGUAUAGUAAGAAAGCAGAAUCAUAAUUUCUUUUAGCAGCUUGAGUUAUAAAAAUAAAAUGAUGUUCAUGUUAAACGACUUUUAAGUAUACAAGCUAAUUCCUCAAUGAGAACAUUUAACCUUAAUUAUUCUAUUGCUACAAAUUCAAAUAAAACUAAUUUAAAUUCGAUAACUGCUGUUGGAAAUGUCACAGCUACAAAUAAAAUUCAACACCUUGGAACUUUACAUUAAGGGUUUUUUAAAAAGUAAAAAUAGCAAAGAGAUUAAGAAAAUUAAGUUAUUUUUAGGAGAAUUUAAGAGACAAAGAGCAUAUUUGAUGUUAAAAAAUGGGAGUAAGAAGCAGAAGAGAGAAAGAAAAUUCUAUUGGUUAGAAGCGAAUUUCCAUAGUAUUAUCAGCAAACUCAAAAUCUUAAAGCCCAUAGAACUAGCAGUGAUAAACAUGGAUCUGCUUUUAACUUUGGUACUACAAAAAAUCAACUUAAAGACGAGAAUUUAAAAGCUUCUAUUUAGUAUGAUUAGAAUGGAAACGUUAAAAGUGGUACACAAAUUGGUAAUGUAAAUAAUAUGUCUUCUAUCUUCAAAGACCAGUCUUCUAUAAUAGAUGCAAAUAAUUCUUCAAAUGUUCAAUUACAAUAAACCAAUAUAAAUAAUGAGUCUAUUUAGCUGACUGAAAAUCAUUCCUUAAUAGGAAUAAAUAAUCAAUAAUAUAACUAAGAGAAAGAAAAAUUUUUAGUAAUUAGUAACAUUACUGUUCCCUCUAAAUUUUAUCAUACGAUGCAUAGUGAUACUGAGAGAACUAAUUACUUAAAGAAAUUAAUGAGAGAAUAGCGAAAAAUAAUUUACAGGAAGACAGCCAUCAUACAUGAUGAACCUUAUUUUGCUGAAAUUAAAAUAGAAUAAGGAGAGUUCAUAAUUCAAUUAGAAAAUGCUAAAGGAGAAAUAUAUAAACACUCAAUAAGAGAAGCAGAGGGAAUAAAAUUCUACCGAAAAGAUUGCAACGAAGAUAUUAACGAGCUUUUUAAGAGAAUUCAGUUGAAUAAAUAUGAAAUGACUAUUCAUUUUUAGAAACCAAAACAAGCAGUUCACUUGUUGCCUAUUUAAACAAAAACUGUUUAUAAAUUAAAGUCAUUAAAUUAAACAAAAAAUUUUAAUUCAACUGACUUGCUUUCAAAAGAAGGAGAAAUCUAAGAUAGCGAUGAUGAUCAUGUAUCGCCUUAUAAAAAAAAUAAACUUGGAAGUUCACAUAACAAAUCUUUAGAUGGCAAUACAAAAAGCCAAAAUAAAAAAUUUUUCAAACCCUCUUCCUCUGAAGCCUAAUUGAGCUAAAAAAGAAGACUAAACAGUUAUUCUCCUAAUCAAAAAGAGGGACACAAGAAAAACUCAGAAUAAAUUUAAUCUCAAAAUGGUUUAAGAGAAAAAUAAAAAGCUAAAACUAAUACUAGCAAAGAUUAAGAGAUAAACAAUAAAGCAAAUAUUUAAAAAUAUUCUAAUUUAAAUUAAAAAAAUAAACAACCACAAACUGUAUAAUAGAAUAAUUAGAAAAAAAAUUAAGACAAAUCUAUAGAAAAGUCUAAAUAGAUUUAAAAUAAAAAUUAACCCAAUAAAAACUCACAAAAUAAAGCAGCCAUAAGUUAACAGAAUAAAAAAAAUCCAAUAAAAAAUGACAAAAAAGUUACAGAAGAGCAAAUUGAAAAUACAUAUGAAGAUGAUUAUGAUGAAUUUGAUGACGAUGAAGAAGAAUAAAAAUAAAAUUAGCUUAAUAAUAACGAUAAGCAAAAUACAGAAGAAGAGUACGAAGAUCCCUUUGAAAAGUUUGAUGAAGAAGAAGAGCAAAAGAAAAAAGAUGAAUUCGAAAAACCUAAUGAGUAGAUAGUGAAUCACCAUCCCCAUGAAGAAGUAAAUAAAAAGAUGAUAAAGUUUUCUUUUAAUGACACUGGCUACAAAAAGAAUGUUAGUUAAGAAUCAUUCUAAUCGAAAUAAAAACAAAAUAAUAAUCAAAACACAGAUUUACAUAGGUAAGCAACUCCUGAAUAAAAAGAGUCAAUUGAUAAUGAAGAUAAUAUAAAAAAGAAUCAAACUGUCCAAGAAGAAAAUCAAGCAAAUAAAAAAGAAGAACCUGUGGAGUAUGAAGAGGAGUUUGAACUUGAAGAAGACUCUGGAACUUAGUAUGAAAUCAAUGAUGCCGACCGAGAAUUAAUUGAAAAUAAAAAUUCAGAAAAUAAACAAUAAGGAGAUUAAUAGUAAAAAGAGGUACUUGAUCAGGAAAAAGCAAAAGAAACCUAAAAAGGUUAAAAACAUAAAGAUUAAGAAGAUGAUUACGAAGAGGACUUUGAUUGA